AUGGUGUUGUUUGAUCAUGUAUGGCCUAAUACGACGACGCCUGAGACGUUGCCGCAAACUGCAGAGAUUCGGUGCAGCGAAUUCGGAAGCUCAAUGUCUAGCGCCAAAAAAGCGACAGCCGUCGCGAGUUUGAAAGCGGCAGCGGAAGAGUCUGCGCGAGAGGCAGAUGCCGUCAGCGGCAAAGGGCAGCAUCGAGGAAAGUUCGUGAACGCUCACCAAGCGAAGCUCGCAAAGAUCGAAGCGGCCAAGGCCAAGAGGGCAGCCGCAGCUGCUGCCGCGUCCGGUGGUUCUGCGACUAAUUCUACUUCCAAGUCUGCUCAUUCCACCAAUGACUAG